AUGACUGACCAUAUUCUGGAGGUCGCCGAGACCAUCCAAACAGCCUCUAUUGUCUCGCACCCGUCUGCCACCCACGAUCUCAACCCGUCCACCGCGGCCUCGGAAAAGCAGCCCGUUGUUGUAGCCCCGGCUUCCGAUGCUGGCAGUCUGUCUUCGGACAUUGUUGAUCCAAGCCGAGUCAUUCGCCCUAUUCGUCGGCGCCAGACACUUCCUCCUCUGCCGGACUUGCGCUUCGAGCAGAGCUAUCUGGCUAGUUUGAAAGGAGCCGACACCUGGGGACGGGUAGCGUGGAUUACCAUCAGGGACCAGGUACGGGGAACCGGGGAACCUAUAUCGGAUGAACCGCAUAGUGAAAUUCGCAUGGCUAACGAUGAUUGUUUCUUGCUCCAGGUCCUUCUCCCUCUUAUCCAAGGCACAGUCUGGACACUCGCGCUGUCUGGGUGGCGCUUCUGGAACCGCAAUGCCUCGCUUAGCGGACAUACACUGGGAAGCAGAAUCCGCAGGUGGUGGUACGGAGUCAACAACUGGAAGUUGCCGCCGGUGGGCUGGACCAAGGAUCCUAAGCUGGCCUCGCGGGUCGAAGAUGAGUUUUUGCAGUUCUACGAAGCCCAGUUUUCCAACGCUGGUUCUGACUGA